AUGCCUCAAAACAAACCCACAGAGUUCAUGGAUUCAGCCAUCUUCACGCUGCAUAACUACGCAUCCAGUCAGAGAGAGGAAUCUCUGCUGUUGCGGCUGUUGCAAACAGCAUUGCAGGAAGAGAUCAAGUACGUUAUGCGCUCUUUCAACCGUGGUGCCCGUGGUCAGAACGCACUGAGGCAGAUCUUGGCCCCAGUUGUGAAGGAAAUAAUUGAGGACGAAUCGCUCAACGUCAGAACGGAUCCAGUGGAUGUUUACAAGUGCUGGGUUAACCAGAUGGGAUCUCAGAAUGGUGAGGCCGGGAAGAAAAGCUUGAUGUCUGUGCCAAGGGAGACGUACACCGCACUUGCGCUGCCUGGACGAUGUGGAAACUGGAAAUUGUGGGGUGUGCUGAAGCAUGCCCUCUCAGCUUUCGCUCGUGGAAGCACAGAGCAAAGUGACAAGAAUCAGCUGCGAGUUCAAGGAAUUGUCUACCUUGUUCUGAUCUCCUGCCAGUUCCAGCUUGUCGUGCCUGCUGUGAUGGGCGUCGCGUGCAGCGAGAUCAGCUGUGGGCCUGACAUCACACGGAUGGAGGCUGAGAACAACGGGAAGCCCCGGCUGGUCCGUGAGGAGUCAUCUCUUAAUAUCCCAGCUAUUGCUGCUGCCCACGUUAUUAAGAGAUACGUUGCCCAGGCACCGGGUGAACUCUCCUUGGAGGUGGGAGACCUCGUGUGCAUCAUCGAGAUGCCGCCUCAGGAGCUGAGCCCCCGCUGGAGAGGCAAGCACGGCUUUCAGGUUGGAUUUUUCCCUGGUGAGUGUGUGGAGCUCAUUAACGGAAAAAUCCCAGAGUCUCUCAUCAAUUCAGUGCCAAAGCCAGUGCCAAAGAAGCGCGGCAAGCUCCUCACCUUCCUUCGUUCCGUGGUGAAGGCCCGCCCGAAGCAACGGAAAGAGCGGGAGGUGGAGAAGGAGAGGGUGUUUGGCCGUGACCUGGGAGAGCAUCUUCUCCACUCUGGUCGUGAUGUCCCCCAGGUCCUCCAGAGCUGCGCCGAGUUCAUCGAGCAGCAUGGCGUGGUGCAGGGGAUAUACCGCCUGUCCGGCGUGGCGUCCAACGUCCAGAGACUGCGCCAGGAAUUUGAGUCUGAGCAGGUUCCUGAGCUAACCGUCCGCGACGUUCACAGCGCGAGCUCCCUCUGCAAAAUGUACUUCAGGGAGCUCCCGACCCCCCUGCUGACCGACCAGCUGUACGACAAGUUCUCGGAUGCUGUUGGUGCCACUACAGAGGAGGAGCGGCUGGUCAGAAUGCGGGACGUCAUCCAGCAGCUGCCCGCUCCUCACUACAGGACCCUGGCGUAUCUGAUGAGACACUUGGCCUGUCUGUCUGCGCACAGCUCUGUCACCAACAUGCACGCUAAGAACUUAGCCAUUGUGUGGGCUCCAAACCUCCUAAGAUCACAGCAGAGCGAGUCUGCCUGCGCCAGCGGGAGAGCUGCCUGCACGGAACUGCAGACGCAGUCGGCCGUGGUGGAAUUCAUCAUCGCCCACACGGACGUCCUCUUCUGCUCCACAUCUGGACCUGACAUUGCAGAUGGAGCAGCGGCUCGGAUAAGCAAAUCUGAGAGAAACACAGCAGCUCCCCCGGACCUGUGA